AGUUGGGUUAGAACGAUGUAAUGUUAAUUCUCAUAUUUAGUAGGGCUAGUGAAUCGUAAGAAGAAAAAAGAAGAUUGUUACUAACUUCAUUUCAAAACUAACUAACCUCAAAUAACAGUGCCACACGUGUUUGUAUAAUACUAUGUAUAUACGAUUAUAAAUAUUUUAUUAAAAAAUGACAGGGAGUAAAGUGUUUUUACCCUGCCGAGGUUUAGGAUACGUUAGUAAUCACAUCCCUUUACAAGUUAGAUAUAUAAAAAGCAGAAAAGAAAAUCUUAUCGUAACAUGUGUUGGAAAGUCUUUUCAUACUUAUGGAAUAUCACAUUUCGGCCUAUUAAGUGUAAGUGGUUUACACCAUGACAAUAUAAAUUGUAUGACUUCAGAUGCGUAUCAUGUAUAUACGGCUGUAGAUAAUGUUAUAUAUGCUUGGAGAAGAGGUACCGAAUUAAAACACAGCUAUAGGGGACAUAAAAGAAAAGUACAUUUAAUGAUACCUUUUGGAGCUCAUCUAAUUUCUGUAGAUGAAUCUAAUAAUAUCAAAAUAUGGGAUAUAAAGGCUGAAACUGUAUACUUGGAGCUUCUGUUUAGUACCUUUAAUAUAAGUGCCAUUAUGCAUCCAAGUACUUACAUCAACAAAAUAUUAUUAGCCAGUGAUACGGGAAGCUUGCAACUGUGGAAUAUUAACAAAGCAAAAUUGAUUUACGCAUUUAAAAGUUGGAAAGCGUCGGUUACUUGUUUAGAACAAGCACCAGCAAUUGAUGUUGUUGCUGUUGGUCUGAGCACAGGAAGAAUUGUUCUUCACAAUUUAAAAUAUGAUGAAACUAUUAUGGAAUUUAAUCAAGAUUGGGGUAUGGUUACCUCGAUAUCAUUCAGAACAGAUGGGUCACCCAUUAUGGCAACUGGAAGUGCCUGUGGUCAUAUAGUGUUCUGGAAUUUAGAAGAAAGGAAAGUUGAAAAUCAGUUAUUAGCUGCCCAUGAUGGAGCUGUUACCGGAAUGGUAUUUCUUCCAAAUGAGCCUCUUGUUGUAACAUCAUCUCCAGAUAAUACUUUGAAAUUGUGGAUUUUUGAUAAUUCAAAUGGAAGUGCCAGAUUACUACGAAUACGCGAAGGUCAUUCGUCCGCCCCUACUUACAUAAGGUUUCAUGGAUCAAAUGGUGACAACAUCUUGAGUUGUGCUGGUGAUUCUACAUUAAGAAUAUUCAACACUCGCACUGAACAGUUCAAUAAAAGUAUGGGAAAAGCUUCUUACAAUAGAAAAAUAAGUAAAAAACGAGGUAGAGCAGUAGAAGAUCCCCUAAAAAUGCCACCAAUUAUACAGUUCACUUCUGAAACAACUAGGGAAAAAGAAUGGGACAAUAUUGCAGCCAUACAUUCUGAUAUAACUUUGGUAACAACUUGGUCUUAUGACAAAGUUAAAAUGGGACAAUUGAAAUUGCUACCAGAGAGGUUUCAGAAAAAGAAUAAAGAUGUUAAUUUAGAAGUUACAGCAACUUGUUUAUGUUUAUCACAUUGUGGCAAUUUUGUUAUUGUUGGGUACAGUACCGGACACGUGGAUAGAUUUAAUAUGCAAUCUGGAAUCUGGAGAGACUCAUAUGGAAACCAAAAAGCACACUCUAACCCAGUACGUGGAGUUACAAGUGAUACUCUCAAUCAGGUAAUUAUUACUGGAGGUGGUUGUGAGGUUAAAUUUUGGAGAUUCAAAUGCAAAGGAACCAAUCCAUUGGCAACAAUUCCUUUAGAAGAACAAAUCAGUUUCUUCCGCUCACAUAGGGAAAGUUCCUUAUUAGUUAUGGCAAUGGAAGAUUUUUCUAUCUACAUAAUGGAUAUUGAUACUCAGAGAAUCGUUAGGAAGUUUACAGGUCACACAGCACAACUAACAGAUGUCACUUUCAGUCCAGAUUCAAGAUGGCUUAUCACUGCUUCAAUGGAUCGUUCAAUACGAACUUGGGAUAUACCUUCAGGUCAAUUAAUAGAUGAAUUUGCUACAGACGCAGCUUGUAUAUCCUUGGAUAUGUCGCCAACGGGAGAAUCUCUAGCUACAGCGCAUGUCGAUUAUUUGGGAAUCUUUCUUUGGAGUAACAAAACUAUUUAUAGUAAAAUCGCAUUGAAAAGUAUUACUCCAAGUGAUGGUCCUCCGUUGGUUCUUUUACCGGAAAGUGGUAGGGAUAUGGAAGUAGAAGUAGAUGAAGAAAAACAAAACAUUGAAGAAUUUAUUUCUCCUGAACAAAUAAAUCGAGAAUUAAUAACAUUGUCAGGACUUUCCACAUCUAGGUGGCAAAAUUUAUUGAACCUUGAUGUUAUUAAAAAGAGAAAUAAACCAAAAGAACCACCAAAGACACCGAGAGCAGCACCUUUCUUCCUUCCCACAAUAGCAUCUAUAAAUAAUAUCCAAUUCGAUGUUAAACCAGAAUCUGAAGAGGAAAGCAAAUUUGUAACUCCAAUAAGUUUUGAAAAUUUAACUGAAUUUGGAAAAUUACUAAUGGAAACAACAAUAAACUUUGAUAUGGUUAUUGAAAAACUAAAAAGUUUCGGUCCAUCUAUGACAGAUUUUGAAAUAAAGUCACUUUCUCCUGAUAACGGUGGAUCUUUGGAGGUGAUGCUACAAUUUAUGAAGUGCGUCGAGUGCAUAUUGAAAUCCAAUAGAGACUUUGAAUUAGCAGAAGCUUAUUUGAGUGUAUUUCUGAAAGCUCACGGCAGUUGUAUUGCUCAAAAUAAAUUGCUCAGAGACUACUUACCUAACAUCAUGAGUUGCCACGGUGUAGCUUGUGACAGGUUACAGGAGAAGUUAUUGUAUUGCAUUUGCGUUGUACAGAAUUUGAAGACUAUGUAAUGAGAAUAGUGGAAACAUGAAGAAAUGUUUGACUGAAGAAAAUAAAUUAGAAUCUUCGGAUGAAUUCUUAUGAUACAGGUCUUAAUGGUAGACAAAGUGUGAAGUGAUGCAUCUAUAGGAAGGUGUAGGAUAAAAAAUCAGUAAGCAACAGUUAAAAAUUAUUAAUAAUCAAGAUGAACCUUCAAAUUAAUACAGGACCUCGGGAUUUUUUUUUAUUUUGUAUAUAUGUAUUAUUUUUUAACUAAAAAAAUAUAAAAUUUAUACUGAUUCCACAAAA